CAGGGCAACUCUGACUUUCUUCGCCGCCGCCUCCAGCCUGCAACCAAAUCAGAAGCUGGCCCUGAGGGGCAGCCAGCGAGCAGCGCAGCGCAGAACCACACUCAUCUGCAUCCCCGCAGAUGCUUUCCAGAGCUGCCAGGAGUCUGGCGAUGAGGACAGGAGGACUCGGAACUCGAGGGACACACAGCCCAGACGGCGCUGCUGACAGCCAUCGCAGGAUGACCCCCUAUGUUGACCGCUAUGCCCAGCGCUCCUAUCCCAUGCCGGAUGAACCCUACUGUACAGAGCUCAAUGAGGAGCAGCGGGCCCUGAAGGAGAAAGAGAAGGGCAGCUGGGCCCAGCUAAGCCAAGCAGAGAAGGUGGCCUUGUACCGGCUCCAGUUCCACGAAACCUUCGCAGAGAUGAACCAUCGCUCCAACCAAUGGAAGACGGUGAUGGGCUGUGUCUUCUUUUCCAUUGGAUUCACGGCUCUGGUGAUUUGGUGGGAGCGGGUCUAUGUGUUCCCAGAGAAGGUUGUCACCCUGACAGAAGAACGGAAAGCCCAGCAGCUCCAGCGCCUGCUGGACAUGAAGAGCAACCCCAUACAGGGCCUGGCUGCCCACUGGGAUUAUGAGAAGAAAGAGUGGAAGAAGUGACCAGCUCCACACAUUUGCCGCUUGCCCUCAUAAAAUCACCCUGGUACAGAACCUGGAGCCCAGGGCCCCCCUCCUCACCUCUCCUCCCUUCCCCUAACUCUUCCUGUCGCCUCUACUCCUCUCUGCUCCAAUAAAAGCAGUCUGUUUUCU